CCCCCCCCCCCCUCGGCGUACAGUAAGGAGUAAGGGUUGUACAUGCGAUGUAUCAAUCAUAUCAAGAGAUCUUGCCGUCUUGGAUAGUGCGCCUUCCACAGUAUAACGUUUAGCUCCUUGGAGUUCCUUCGAGCCUCCGCGAGACCCAACGCAGGGCAACCGUUUCCUCUAGGAUUGAUAAAUAAUCAUCAUUCCCAGGCCGAGAAGAAGCGGGACGAGACGAGCCCUGAAUAGACUUCACAUUCCCUAGUCUAGAAGUAUCCAAGUUUCGAGUGAGAGAGUCGCGCCACCGAAUAGAUCGUCCCAUGUAAGAAGCUUCCGCGAGUAUUCCUCUCCUCUCUCGUAUCGAAGAGCGUUCUCCUCCCGCAUCGAUGGCUGAGCUUAAGAGUGGCUUCCUGCCGCGAUAGGUUUCUUUUUCUUUUCGCGGUACACAGAAGCAGACUCGAGCGCGCGAGUUCCAUCCCAGACACCGCCUGUUUUGCGCAGCGUAUCGGGAGGGAAUCAGAAGCUCGCUGCCGGCCUUGCUUGGAACCAGCUGACGUUCGCUCCAGUCGGAAGUUUCUCGGAGGAAGAUCCGGGAAGCACUCGACGGCAUUGGCUGUUUAAGCGCGGAAGCUAUCCACGAGUGAGUGACCAUGACCCUCGUCGGAAUGUGUGCUCAGUUCUGUCCGAAGCGGGAAGUCGAUGAGCGCACGAGAAAUAGACAGCUCGAUCCGCUCUUCGAAAGAGAAGUCGUUUUCAAGAGGUACACUCGAUCGGCCGCUGGAAGAUCAGCCGAGAAGCCUGAAGACGUGCGCCCUCCCGCGGUCCUCCUAAAAACCGUCGAGUAUCUCCUGGGUGACACAGUAAGGCUUGCGGACUUCCCGAGGUGUUACCCCUUCAUAUGGGAUAGAUUAUGGGCUGUGCGUCAAGAUCUCACACUCCAGCAAAGUGCGUGUGUUCUGACGAGAAAAAUCUUGGUUCGAUGCGUGAAGUUCUAUACGGUAUCGGUGGUUCUUUGCUCUGGGCGCGACGUACCGCUGAGUUCGUUCGAUCCCAAAAUAAACGACACCCAUCUCGUAGACACUCUCGGCAAACUCUUGCGAAUCUACGAGGAGCUUGAAAUCGAGGACGAAGAUCGUCCUCUGAUGGAAUCUUUGUGGUUACUCAUUAAUCUCCGCAGCUCCAGAAUUGUUUAUAGGGCUUUCAAUUUGUCGCCGGAGAUCAAAUCCAAAAUGAAACAUGUUCUGAAACUUGCAAAGACCUAUUUUUCGUCGAAUAAUUUCCGCUUUCUUCAUUCGAUUGACGAAUUGCACGUUCUAGAGUCGUGUUUAGUCAGCAAGAUCCUCAACAGUGUUAGGCUCGAUCUUCUGCAAAUCCUGAACGUGGCUUUCAGCAGCAGAAGCUGCGCGUUCCCUCUGGCCGUGCUGUCGGACUGGCUCAACUGUGAUGAGAGCGACUGUGAGAAAAUCGUUGAAUUCUGUGGCUUGCCGCUAGACGGGAACUCUAGGGUCAACUUUCUCAAAACGCAUCGAAACUGUAGAUUCAUUGAGGAUCAAACGACCUUAUUCCCGAACGACAGCAGGAAAUUCGCUAUUUCCGAGGACCUCUCCUCGAUACUACUACUGUGA